CGGUCACGCUGCUCCGCUCUCUAAAACCAAAAAAGAGAACAGGCAGCGCAUUGGCAAAAAAAAAACACAAAUAUAAUGGAAUUAUCGCCAAACAAUCAAAUUGAGGACAGAAAACCUACACUAACUGCUGAUGGUUUAGUGCAAACAUCAAAUUCACCCUUCGAACCAAACGCAACGGCAACAACAACCGUCUCCCAAGAGACACAAACAUCAAACGGCAACGGCGCCGCCGGCCCCUUGACAGUCGAUCAACUUGAUAUCGAAAUUUUGCCGCUCAUCUACGACAUUGUGCGCUGUGUGGAAAAGGAUCCCCUCGAGAACGCAGUGAAGCUACGCGAAUCCCAAGACUGCAAUCACAAGAUCUUUGAGCUGCAGAAACGUUUCGAGUCUGCGCGUGAACAAAUCAAGCAGCUGCCUGGCAUCGAUUACAACAAGGAGGAGCAACUGCAACGCCUGGAACUGUUGCGCAAUCAACUGAAGCUUAAACAGCAACUGAUACGCAAAUACAAGGACACCGAGUUCUAA